GUUUCGCGGAGGAAGCUGCAGCCAACCGGAGCCGUCAGCGCUUCUGCUCGCCCAAAAAGUCUCAACCCGUACUUUAUCGCGGCAGAAAAAUAUCAAGACCACCAGCGAUCCUCAACUAUCAGCACAACCUAUUCGCUCAGAUCCACAAUGGCGCCUGCAGUUCUCAAGAAGCGCAAGGUCCUGGACAGCUUGAAAACCGCCAGACCGAAAAAGAAGUUCAAGAAGCAAGCCGCAUACCACAGCAGUUCGGAGGAUGAAGAUGAGGGCGACUUUCAGCCGGUGGACCUCGCAGAUUCUGAUGUCGAAGGUGAAAGCCCAUUGAAGGAGGAGAAGGCGGCAAAGAGCCAGAAAGCUGCGAAGCCUACGCAAACACCGAAGUCAUUGGGCGAGAAUGCCUCAAAGUCAGACGAAGGCAGCGCAAGUGGUUCGAGUGAUGAGGAUGAGGAUGAGGAUGAGAUCGAGGAAAACGACGAAUUUUCAGAUGCAGAGGCAUCUUCUGACGAAGACGAUUCCGACGCUGGCUCUCAAAAUAACGAUGGUUCUCGGAAGAAACGACAGACCUCCAAACGCAACGAUCCCACUGCUUUCUCGACCUCUAUUUCCAAGAUUUUGUCCACCAAACUGCCGAGCUCCGUCCGCGCUGAUCCAGUGCUUUCUCGCAGCAGAACCGCCACGCAGACAGCUGCAGAACUUUCGAACGAGAAGCUUGAGCAACGCGCGCGCGCCAAGCUUCGUGCGGAAAAGAAGGAGAUCCUCGACCGAGGCCGUGUACGGGAUGUGCUGGGUGUCGAGAGAGGCGAAGCUGGUGAGACAGCAGAAGAGGAGAGACGGCUCAGGAAGAUCGCCCAGCGCGGUGUGGUGAAGUUGUUUAAUGCUGUGAGAGCUGCACAAGUCCGUGGAGAAGAGGCCGCUCGUGCAGAGAGGCAGAAAGGAACUAUAGGCGUGGGCGAGAGGGAGAAGGCGGUUAACGAAGUGAGCAAACAGGGAUUCCUGGAGCUGAUCAACGGGAAGAAAGGCAAAGGGUUAAAUAUCGAAGAGGCCUGAGGAUGUAAUACCUCAAAUUAUUUCCCCGGCAUGUCUGGCGUUGGUGGAGGGCUUGAUCUUAUAUAUGUUUCUUCUGUGCUCAUUUGAAUCAAAAGUUACACCCAUCUGCCGUU